GCUUUUCAGUGACACCACAGAAGAAGAAGAAGCUAAUCUGUGUUAGCAAGUCGACAAUAAACAAAGAGAAAACCCCAAAAACGGUGAGGACAUGUCAGCCGACACGAAGAUUGCCGAGCUGCUCACAGAGCUCCAUCAGCUCAUCAAGCAGACACAGGAGGAGAGGUCCCGCAGUGAACACAACCUGCUCAACAUUCAGAAAACACAUGAGAGGAUGCAGACGGAAAACAAAACCUCCCCAUACUACCGGACCAAGCUGAGGGGACUGUACACCACGGCCAAGGCCGACGCUGAGGCAGAGUGCGGCAUCCUGCGUCACGCUCUCGAUAAAAUUGCAGAGAUCAAGUCUUUGUUGGAGGAGAGGAGAAUAGCUGCUAAGAUGGCAGGAGUUUACAGCGACAGCGACCCCCCCAGGAAGACGAUGAGGCGAGGCGUCCUGAUGACGCUCCUGCAGCAGUCGGCCAUGACGCUCCCUCUGUGGAUCGGCAAGCCGGGGGAGAGCCCCCCUCCUCUGUGCGGGGCGACUCCGGCCAGCAGCGACUACGUGGCCAAACAGGGCGACAAGGUGGCCGCGAGGGUGAAGGCCGUGGACGGAGACGAGCAGUGGAUCCUGGCUGAGGUGGUCAGCUACAACCACUCCACCAACAAAUAUGAAGUGGACGACAUUGAUGAAGAAGGCAAAGAGAGACACACUCUGAGCAGGCGGCGGAUCAUCCCUCUGCCGCAGUGGAAGGCCAACCCAGAGACGGACCCAGAGGCCCUGUUCAGCAAGGACCAGCUGGUGCUGGCCCUCUACCCGCAGACCACCUGCUUCUACCGGGCCCUCAUCCACACCCCGCCACACAGGCCUCAGGACGACUACUCGGUGCUGUUCGAGGACACGUCGUACGCCGACGGUUACUCCCCUCCGCUCAACGUGGCCCAGAGAUACGUGGUCGCCUGCAAGGAGAACAAGAAGAAGUGACCCGACGGCUGGAGAGGAAGACCAGAGCGCGCCGAGGGACAAAGAUGAAGCCUGUUUGGAAACAUUUAAGUUCUGUGAAAACGCCACUGAUUUCCAUUUUUGUAUUAAAAAGAACAUUUGUAAAGAAGGUGAUAAGUGGCUGUCAGACAAGCAAAAAAAACCCUGUAACAGAUCAUUUUUUAAUAAU